AUGGCUAAGCUAUGGUGCUUUUUAUGCAUAAUGAUUACUGCAUUUGUUCAAUUUUCUGAAUUUGCAAUCUCUAGAAGGGAACAAAUUCCAACGCCACCCUUACCAAUCCUGCCACUCCCCUCUUUUUCUCAAUUGAAAUGGCAACAAAGAGAAAUCAUCAUGUUUCUUCAUUUCGGAGUCAAUACUUUCACCGACUCCGAAUGGGGCACUGGACAUGAAAACCCGGCCAUUUUUAACCCGGUCGGACUCGACGCCAAUCAAUGGGUUAAUGCAGCAGCUGGAGCUGGAAUUUCUUUGAUGAUACUAACUGCAAAACACCACGAUGGGUUUUGCUUAUGGCCUAGUAAAUACACUGACCAUUCUGUAGCAAGCAGUACGUGGAAAAAUGGCCAUGGCGAUGUAGUUCGAGAACUUGUUAAUGCAGCCAAGAACCAUGCUGGAAUGGAUGUGGGUAUUUAUUUAUCGCCAUGGGACCGACACGAUUCAAGAUAUGCCCAUGAUUUGCAGUACAAUGAAUAUUACUUGGGCCAGAUGCAAGAGCUAUUAACCAAAUAUGGGAAAGAAAAAGAAAUAUGGUUUGAUGGGGCGAAGGGUUCAAAUGCACCAAACAUGUCAUAUUAUUUCUGGGAUUGGUUCGCCAUGGUGAAAGAAUUGCAGAGCUCAAUCAAUAUAUUCUCCGAUGCUGGUCCAGAUGUCAGAUGGGUUGGAAAUGAAAAUGGAUUUGCUUCAAGUACAUGUUGGUCCACCAUUAAUCGAACUUCUCUUUCCAUCGGCAACGCAAGUAUUGUUGACUAUCUUAACACCGGCGACCCAAAAGGGACAGAUUGGGUACCAGCAGAAUGUGAUGUCUCGAUUAGAAACGGAUGGUUUUGGCAUAAAGCAGAGUCACCCAAGAAGCUCAGCAAGUUACUUGAGAUUUACUACAAGUCCGUGGGAAGAAACUGUGUAUUAUUGCUCAAUGUGCCGCCCAAUUCAACUGGCCUCGUAUCUGACACCGACGUACAAACGCUGAAGGAAUUUAGAGGCGCAAUUAAUACAAUAUUUGGUACAAAUUUAGCAGAGAAAUGCAGUUUUAAAGUAAGUAGCCAACGAGGAGGUAAGGAGGGUGGUUUUGGGCCAGAAAAUGUCGUAGACGAUGACCAUUUGUGGAGUUAUUGGGUUCCGAGAGAUGAAGAAAAAGAGAGCGAUUGGAUUGAGAUUAGAUGCAAAGGAGGGUUGAGAUUUAACGUGAUAAGGAUUCAAGAAGCAAUUGGUCUGGGUCAAAGGAUCAAACGGCAUGAAAUUUAUGUGGAUGGCAAGACAGUUGCUAAAGGGACUACAGUUGGGUACAAAAGGCUCCAUAGGCUUCAAGAAGUAGUAGCUAAUGGGCAAAUUGUGAAGAUUAAGAUAUUGGAAGCAAGAGGAGUGCCAUUGAUUUCUUCUAUUGGUCUGCAUUAUGAUCCCUUUUGGAAGCCAAAAUGAGCAUAAAUUACAAUAAUAAAGCAAUGUCAUUUUACUUCACUUUCUUAAUUUUUAUUUUUUGCUUUAGCUUUA